AUGUCGCUCCCGAAAAAGACAUGUCGCUGGGCGGCACUAUCUCUGAGCAGCAUUGCUACAGUCUUCCUUCCGGACUUACUCCGCCAAGAGGAUGCCGAGUACAAUCACGAGCUUUGGUGCGUUAGCACAACGGGCUCGGACGAACGAGCUCGAAAGCUCUUAGAAGGCUUGAAGAUCCCUCGACAUGAUGUUGUGAAGAUUUACAGCUCGUGGGAGGUGAUGCUGAAGGAAGCCGAGUUCGAUGUCGUGUACAUCUCGACGCCUUCAGCAUUGCACUAUGGUCAUACGAUUGCCGCCCUGGAGGCGAAGCGAAGUGUCCUUGUGGAGAAGCCUGCUGCUAUGAACAAGAAGCAAUACGAGCGAUGUAUCCAGCUGGCGAAGCAAAACGAUGUCGUCCUCAUGGAAGCUCUAUGGACGAGAUACCUGCCUGCAACAAAGUACUUCCUCGAAGAGCUGCUCCCAAAGCUUGGCCCAGUCCGCCGGGUCUACUCUGAGUGGUCUUUCCCCAUAGUUUCCAACGAGAUGCCGGAAUCAUCUCGCUUCCUCGACAAGUCUGUUGGCGCUGGAAGCCUCGUGGACAUGGGAUGCUAUGCACUUACAUGGGUGGAUCUCGCUUUCAAUGGGCUGAAUUAUGACUCGGAGACGAAAGUGGCGUACUCUCACUAUUUGCCAGUACCAGAUCGGCCAGGUGACAUCGACGAUAUAACCACCACAAUACUGACCAACAAGAACGCCACAGCUCUUGUCACGACCAGUAUGACGGGACCCGGCUCAAGCAAAUGUGCUUUCUACAUGCGCUUCGGAGCAACGAAAUCCGGCAAAGCUGUCCGCAUCGAAGGCUCGCGAGCAUCAGUCGCCAUCCCUUUCCCUUCAAUUCGACCGGAAGAACUGCACGUGCAGUGGUAUGGCAACGACGUUGUCAACGAAGACGGCACAGAACGAGACGAGGUCAUCAAGAUGGAGGUCAAAGGCUGGGGUUUGUGGUAUCAAGGCGAUGUGAUUGCAAAAGCUGUUCGCGAAGGCGAAAAGGGAAUUGUCAUCGGCGAGGCGGAGUCUUUGAGGGUCCUGGACUGGUUGGAUCAAGCAAGGAGUUUGGCCGGGAUUAAGUAUGAUGAGAGCAUUGAGCGUGUAUAA